UUGGUCUGUCACGUGCACGCCCUUCUCCACAUAGAAAAAAAGAACAGCUUGUCGCUGCUACUUUUAUUUAUUGGACAUCUGGGUCUCUCUCACUAUUGACUGACCCUUGAGAAAUACUCAAGAAGGGCUACUCCUCACAAAUUACAGAAAUAUGGCCCUGAAAAGAAUUAAUAAGGAGUUACAAGACCUGGGUCGUGACCCUCCAGCACAAUGCUCAGCAGGACCAGUAGGAGACGACUUGUUCCACUGGCAAGCCACUAUAAUGGGACCACCAGACAGUCCAUACCAGGGUGGUGUAUUCUUCUUAAGUAUCCACUUUCCUACAGACUAUCCGUUUAAACCACCAAAGAUAGCGUUUACAACGAAGAUAUACCAUCCUAAUAUUAACUCAAAUGGAAGUAUUUGUCUGGAUAUCUUACGGUCUCAGUGGAGUCCAGCUCUCACUAUCUCAAAAGUACUACUGUCAAUAUGUAGCUUGUUAUGUGACCCAAACCCCGAUGAUCCAUUGGUACCCGACAUUGCUCGGAUCUACAAAACAGAUAGAGCUAAGUACAAUGAGACGGCAAAAGAAUGGACAAGGAAGUAUGCCAUGUAACAUCAAGUGUCUCUCACACAAGCAUAAUUACAUGGACAAACUAAAAAUUUGAAAAAAAAACUAUGUUCAUUGUUGUCGAUAGCGUGUAGAGUGUAUUAUUAUGUUGUGCACCUUGCUGUGUAUGCAAAUUGAUAGGAGCUGUGUAAUAAUUUUAUCAAGCUG